AUGGAGAAAAGGGCCUGGGCGCUAAUAACAACACUUAAAGGCGAGGUAGUGGCCUGGGCCGGCGGAACGCUAACGACAGGAAGCGGUCGAGCGAGAUGGAUGUAAGAAUCUUUGUCGGCCAUGCUGGGCAGCGCUGACUAGCGGGUAGUAAUUGGGGGUUGGCUGCGAGGUAGGUGGCUGGCUUUGACGAAAUUGACCGAUGGCGGGGCAAUUUUCAGAGCUUCAACUUUUUUUUCCCUGCCUAUUGUGGGGCAGUUAGGUUGGCUUGGCAGGGUAAACCCUACCGAAUGGUUACCCGGUCUUACACCCAAAAAUUUAAUCUUUGAUAUUCGGGCCCGACAGAAAUUCUUCCCUGUAUUAUUCGAUUCCGACGAAAUCACCGACAGGAGGUCCUGUAACGAAUUACGAACUCAUUGAAGUUUUUAAAUGCCACUCGGGCCUAGAGGGCGCGGCAGAGGUGGAGGGGGACCCAGGGUAAGAGGAGGGAACCCGAGAGGCAAAGGCGGUAGAGGUGGUAGAGGCGGGAGAGACCGAGGAAGACCCUCGGUGAGAACUGAAAAUCGACCAAAGAAGUACGUUUUUUCUAUCAGAUAGCACCAAUAUAUGAUUGUAUGGCCCCCCUUUAUUAUUGGGAACCGUUCUGACAACGCGCAAUAGAAUUCCAGAAGCCGAAGUUCCUGAUUCAGAUUCCGAUACCUCAGAUGAUCCCGAACCGCGUAGGGGAGAAGGCUCCGAGGAAGACUUGGGUAGUGACGACCUCGAACCGGAAUCUGAAGAUGAUGCGGCAGCAGCGAAACCUUAUAACCUCCUACUUCAGUCCCUCGUAGCGAACAAUGAGUCUAGCCAACGCAAUCCCAAACGCCGAAAACUUGAUCAUAUGCAGCCCAAAGAGAAUGGGGUCAUCUUGUUGGACAGCGGAGAUUUGGCAGAUGAGCCUGAAGAGGAAGAAGAGCACGAAGAAGAGGUCAUGGACGUGGUAUCAGACGACGAGGAUCAAUCCGACCCAUUUGAAUCACACUUUGCGAGUCCCUCCCCUGUCAGACUAGCUUCCAUUUCCUCCGCUUCAAAAGGUGAAUGGAAGCAUACCAAGCUGUCCAAAUCCGGACCACCUAGGAAUGCCUACUUAUCCACUCCUAGAGGCUUGGAGCAAACCAUAGGUGGAAGAAGGAUUGAAAGCCUAAGAGACCUGAACCUGAAGAAAAAGCUGAUUGCUGAGGAGCUGACACCACUGCAAAAGUCAUUAGGGCAGCUUGUCUUCAAUUAUGUAGAUGUUUUAUAUGGUGAACGGACACUGGGCAAUGCUGAAGAUUUACGUAGGAUGUAUUCUUUACAUGCGUUGAAUCAUGUUCUAAAGUGUGUCCCCAUCCAUGCACUUGAUCAGCUUCAUACUAAUUGAAACUCAGGACCCGAGACCGAGUUCUAAAGAACAACGCCCGCCUAUCAAAAGCUACAGAUCAGGAAAUAGAGCUCCGGGAUCAAGGCUUCACAAGGCCCAAGGUCCUUUUUAUACUGCCAACACGAAACGCCUGCCUGGAAGUAAUAAAUGCACUAGUCGACAUACUCCAGCCGGAGCAACAAGUAAGCACCCUCCCCCGAUUACACAACACAUCGCCAACCAUUCUAGGAAAACAAAAAACGCUUUCAAGACACAUACUACACACCCCCUGAUACUGAACGGAUUAGCUCCAACAAACCCGAAGAUUUCCGUGCCCUCUUCAGCGGAAACCACGACGACCUCUUCAGGUUAGGCUUAAAAUUAACCCGGAAAACCCUAAAGUAUUUCAGUCAAUUCUAUAACUCCGAUAUAAUCCUCGCUUCGCCGCUCGGUCUGCGUAUGGUUGUCGGUGAUGAAUCCGACAAAAAGCGCGACUACGAUUUCCUCUCUAGCAUAGAACUAGUGGUUGUGGAUCAAGCUGACGCACUGCUAAUGCAAAAUUGGGAUCACCUAGAGCAUGUCUUCAAGCACCUCAAUUUGAUACCCAAGGACCCGCAUGGCUGUGACUUUGGGCGUGUGCGGAACUGGUAUUUGGAUAGUAAUGCAAAAUACUUCAGGCAGACGUUGGUAUUUGGCGGGUUCGUGACACCCGAGAUGAUGAAGUUGUUUAAUCAGAGCAUGUUGAAUGUUUGCGGGAAAGUGAAGAUUCAAGCGGAGUAUACGGGCUCCAUGAUUGAUUUGGGGGUCCAAGUUCAGCAGGCAAUACCUCCCACCCCCAGGCUCCUAAUCCAACAGCCCUCUUACUAACUGCCACAACACAGACAUUCACAAGAAUAGACCCCCCGACUCCAGCUGCAGACCCGGACGCCCGCUUCAACUACUUCACAAAAGCAAUCCUACCCUCCCUCCUCCGAAACACCUCCACAAGCACAUUAAUCUUCAUACCGAGUUACUUUGACUUCGUCCGAGUGCGGAACCAUCUCUCCAACGCUCCCAUCUCCAUUGGCGCCAUCUCGGAAGAAACGCCCGUCUCAUCCGUUGCGCGAGCGCGAUCGCAUUUUUUCACGGGCCGUCACUCGGUUCUCCUCUAUAGUGGGCGGGCGCACCACUUCCGGCGCUACGAGAUCCGUGGUGUUACGAGCGUGGUGUUCUACGGACUGCCGGAUAACCCCCUCUUCUACCGCGAGGUCGCGGGUGGCUUUAUAGGGCGGAGCGUUGGUGAGGGGAGGGCUAAGGAGCAGCCGAGAGUGCGCGUGAUAUUCUCCAGGUGGGAUGCUAUGAAGCUAGAGAGGGUUGUUGGUAGCAAGAGGGUUAGGGUUAUGUGUACGGAUAAAGGUGACACGUUUGAGUUUGUCUGACGCUUAUAACUAGAGCGAUUGUACGAUAUGAUAUUUUAAAGCGCUGUAUAUAAAAUUGUAACUUGUUGAUAGAAUUCGGUUGGGUCAGGAGUA